AUAGUAAAGGUCGGCCCCCGCAAGAUGGCGGCCCCCUUGGAACUCAGUUGCUGGGGAGGCGGCUGGGGGCUCCCAUCGGUUCACAGCGAGUCCCUGGUGGUGAUGGCUUAUGCCAAAUUUUCUGGUGCACCCUUGAAAGUCAAUGUGAUAGAUAACACCUGGAGAGGUUCAAGAGGUGAUGUACCAAUUUUGACAACUGAAGACGACAUGGUUUCUCAGCCAGCAAAAAUACUAAACUUUUUAAGAAAACAGAAAUAUAAUGCUGAUUAUGAACUCUCAGCAAAACAAGGGGCAGAUACAUUGGCUUAUAUUGCUCUCCUCGAAGAGAAGCUUCUCCCUGCAGUGCUUCACACAUUCUGGGUUGAGAGUGACAAUUACUUUACUGUGACAAAGCCAUGGUUUGCUUCACAAAUUCCUUUUCCUUUGAGUUUGAUCCUGCCUGGAAGAAUGUCUAAGGGAGCACUGAACAGGAUUCUCCUGACCAGAGGACAGCCUCCCCUCUACCACCUCCGAGAAGUGGAAGCGCAGAUAUACAGAGAUGCCAAGGAGUGCCUAAAUCUUCUAUCAAACAGAUUGGGAACAUCUCAGUUUUUCUUUGGAGAUACGCCUUCUACCUUGGAUGCCUAUGUUUUUGGUUUUCUUGCACCUCUUUACAAAGUACGGUUUCCUAAAGUUCAGCUACAAGAACAUCUGAAACAGCUCUCCAACCUCUGUCGCUUUUGUGAUGACAUCCUGAGCAGUUAUUUUAGGCUUAGUCUUGGAGGCAUCUCUCCAGCUGGACAAGAAACGGUAGAUGCAAAUCUGCAGAAACUCACACAACUUGUAAAUAAGGAAUCCAACUUGAUUGAAAAGAUGGAUGACAAUCUUCGCCAAAGCCCUCAGCUUCCUCCUCGGAAACUGCCAACACUUAAAUUGACUCCAGCAGAAGAAGAAAAUAAUUCCUUCCAACGGCUUUCACCCUGACAAUAGUCAUGGUUUGUGGCCAAAGUCAAAUGAUUGUUGCAGUAAUCUCUUACACCAAGUGUGUGAAGGCAACAAGAAGAUACCAUAAUAGGUGUUAAGGAAGACUCUAAACCAAAAGGAACUUUCUAUGCCAUCUAUUUUUACUGUUAUUAUUAGGAAGCUUGUAUUCUAGCUUGGCACUGCAUUUUUAAUAACAUCAAAGAGAAUGCUAAAUGAACUUGGUUGGGGGAGGGGAAGAAAAACACAUGGUACUGUAUACAAAGAACUGCCUUAAUCAUGGCAGAUUUUUGCCUUUGGUUCACAUGUUGCUGACCAAAAGCUACAAUUCGUUCUGAAUGUGCACUCCUAAUUUAUUUGAGUUAAUUUAUUCAAUUUAUUAACUUAGUUUUCUUAGACCAGGCUGAAUACCUAAUAUGUGGCUUUUUGGCUGAGGCUUUUUACUUCUGUUUAGAAAUUUGAUGCCUAUUUUAGGAACCAGAAAAAGAUAAAUUGCUUCACUAGAGGAGACCAUAUUUAACUUUAAAAAGUGAUGAGGAAUGUGCUUUUUAAUUAUGCUCUCAUAAGUCUAAUCUUUUGGGGGUUUAGUAGCACAUAGAUAAAUAUUAAAGGUGGUUAACGUAUAAUAUCUGAUAAUACUCAUUUCAAUAUAACAUUGGUCUUUGCUGAUGUGUUUUGAUAUAGGUUAGGAAGGGUUCUUUUAGUUUACUUGGGCGAAUGUGGCAGUUUUAGACCUAUGUCUUUGUAGUACAUCUUUAGUUGUCUUUCUUGUAUUAAUUCCAGAAGAAGUGAAUGUACUGGUUAUCGUUACUAUGCUAGGCUGUAAAAUCUUACUGAAAUUGCCCACUUGUUAGACUACUCAGGAGGAGCCCAUGGCCAGGGUAGUAGAAAUACUGUGCAUCUGGUCCAAGUUUUCUAUGCUUGGCUCAGGCUAAUAUUCUUUCAUAAGAUGCAUAUCAUGUAGUCAAAAGCUUUCUGACAACCAAUUAUUUUUCAUACGUUUCACUUAUAGUCGAAGAAUACAAAGGAACAAUCAGAAAUAGCAGCUUUUAACAAAUAUUUUCUAUUUAUUGGUUGCUGAACUGUUAAGGGAUUUGCUGUGUGGUAAUUUUACUUAUAAUAGAAACUUGCUUAUUUUAGUGGCUGAGGUGCUUCUGGUGUCCUAAAACCACUUCUGAGGUUUUUAAAGUGUAGAACCAUGUUUUUGAUUAGUGUCUUAAAAGAUUACUGUGGUGCUCAGCAGAUCUUAUCAAGUCGUGCAGGAACCCAUAUGUUAAGAAAAUGAGCUUUGUAGUCAAAAGACUCAUCUAAUUUGAGCUGAGUGGAGCUCAGCUGUGUUUGACCCACAUCCUCCCAAUUUGUUCUGUAUUUAGGUAGUUAUUUAUACAAGAGUCUUUAAGUCAUUGUAAAUAUUUCUUCUUGAAAGUUUUAACUAAGAAAUAAGGUAGUCUUCAAAAUCUUGGUCAUCUGUUUGGAUUAGGGAAAGUACCUCAUGAGUUGCACAUUACUUCUACAACAGGGUGUGUUUGUGUGUGUUUGUGUUAUUGAUCUUCAAAGGCAGAUUGUUAGAUUCCAGCAAUCUGAAAUCUAUUAUUCCAGCAGUCUGAAACCUAAAUAUUUUAUAUUGGAAAUCAAGACUGUGAGACUUUAUUGUCCUCUAGGAUGGAUGUAUAUUGGAGAAGGGUGGUUAGCAUAUUCAUCAGACAUCUGCUUAUGCUUUGGUCAAGGCCAGUCAUUUUUAAUUAUGAUUUAUAUUAGACCCUCCAAAAAGUAUUUGAAAUAUAUUACAGUUAUAACAUACAAGUACAUUACAUGUAUAUUACAAGUAUGUUACAUGUAAAACAGGACAAUUUAAAAUUUUUAAAUUUUAAACAAUUAAAAAAAUUUAAAAAUUUAAAUUAAAAAAAUUAAAAAUUUGUAGAACCAUAUCAACACUGACAGAUUCUAAAAUUAAGCAGUAAAUUUAACUCCAAGUUUCUCCAUGGGCAAAGUCAAAAGAUAAUGCUAGGUUAUGUCAAUUUUUCUUUCAAUAAAACUGCUAAUGUCUAUUAGGAAGAAAAAUGUGUUUAAAGUUUUACAGGAACGUGGAGCUCAUGUUCUUCUGAUAUGUAGACUUUGAUAAAGAAGCAUACUGUAAUGUUUUAUGAACUGAAAUUUUAAUCAAAAGAGGUCAUUUUAGAAUAACAAGUAUUUGUCUUUUUUAGUAGAGGGAAUGACUGUCAAUAUGAUUUAUAUGUUUUUGUGUCAUCCCUACUUCAAACUGCCGUUAGCCUUACAUUCUCACUGUAGUCCAUAAUGCUUCCAGAUCACCUUUGCCUAAGAUGCAACGUGUGAUUUUAGUGAGAGUUUAUACGUUGGGUUACUUAGUUGAGCUAUUUAUGUAUAAGCAAAUGAGAUGACAGGAAGCUGUAACUGAGCACAAAGUACGUUAGGGACCAGCCACACAAAUAGGAAGCUCUUAGAAAAGAACUUUUUUUUUUUUUUUUUUUUUUGAGACAGUUUCGCUGUUGUUGCCCAGGCUGGAGUGCAGUGGUGCAGUCUCGGCUCACUGCAACCUCCACCUCCUGGGUUCAAGCAAGUCUCCUGUCUCAGCCUCCCAAGUAGCUGGGAUUACAGGCAUGUGCCACCACGCCCAGCUAAUUUUGUAUUUUUUUUUAGUAGAGACGGGGUUUCACCAUGUUGGUCAGGCUGGUCUUGACCUCCUGACCUCAAGUGAUUCACCUGCCUUGGCCUCCCAAAGUGCUGGGAUUACAGGUGUGAGCCACUGCACCCGGCCAAAAAGAACAUUUUGUCAAUCUGAACAGAGCACAGAACAUUUUUUCAGACUGAACAGACUGCAGGACCAGCCUGUCAUGAUAUGUUUUGGAUAAAGUUUGAGUUCAUUGGGAUAAAUGGUCCACAAUCUUAAACAGAAUACUGUGAGCCAAUGCCUUUUGGAAGUGAUGGUGGAGGAUAAUAUGAUUAAAGGGAACAUGCUUGUGUUUAUUUUUGUUGGUAGUUAAUGAUUAGAAAAACUAGAUAAUUCCCAUAAGAUGAAGAUCUUCCAUGAACAAACUACCAUCAAUCAUCCAUCAGAUUGAUUUUUUUUUUUUUUAAGUAACACUAGAGAAGCUAUAAAGAACAUUGAAGGUGGUCAUUCCUUCAGAACUGUGUUUUGACCACACAAAAAGUGGGCAUUAACAAACCAAAUUUCAACUUAAGUCUGUUUGUAUUAUAUUGGGGGUGCUGCAAGACUGGAGAUUUUAUAAAAGCAAGCAUUUUUAUUUCCAUUUAUAAUUUCUAUUCAAUAUUGCUAGAUAUAUUAACAUGAAGGAACGGGGAAACUUAUUUCAAUCAAAGCUAAAAUUUUCAGAAGUCUGUAAAAAUGGAAAAACACCAUUGAAAGAGACAGAAAUAAGUAAUGGCGAUAGUAUCUUAGAAAACCUGUUGGUUAAGGCAGCUGCAUGUGAUAAAAGUGGUAUUUGAACUUGGUAGUGUUUCCUUAGAACCUCUUCCAAAAAUAUGCAUUUACCAGCCUUGUUACAAUUUUUGACAGUUUUUCAUCAACUGUCAAAAACUUUAACCCUUUUAAAACCUAGAUAUAAAUGCUUACAUGUAAAGACAGGAAGCUAAGCAAUGGGUACCUGGGAUCUCUCUGGACUAUUUUUAUAACUUCUUGUGAGUCUAAGUAUUUCAAAAUAAAAGUGGUUUUAAAGUAAAUUCAUAGAUUAAAUGUAUCAUUAUCUAUAUAAACUAUGAUUUAAAACUUUACUUUUCCAAACAUAGUAUUCAACUUAGUUGAAUAAAUAUAUGAUAGAAGUUAAAUACAAUUUUUAUUUCAUUCUUAAGAAAAACUCAUGUUUGUAACAAAUGAUAUCUAAAGAUCUAUUUUGCCUUACCAGAAAAGAAAGAAAAACCCUAAAACCAAAAACGCCUUUUCCCUAGGAUGUCAAAAAUGCUGUGAUUUAAAAUAUCUAAUUAUAUUUUUUUCUUUCUGUGGUAGCGGGGUUUACUUCUGAGGAUAAAAUAUUUUGAAAAAGUUCUGUCCCUUGAUGUGGUAGUUCUCCCGUGCCUUGUACUUGUUCUCUCUCCAUAUGCACAGUGUGACAAGAAGCUCACCUUUAAUGAAGAAGGUGUAGCUUUUCGUUUUAAGCUGUAAUUGUCUUUGUCUUGAUUUGGCUGUUUUUAUAACUGAAAUCCUGAGCAACAGAGAUAAUUUGGGUGGUAAUGAUCAUCUUUUGUAUAUGUUCUUGAUGUUAAAUAUUUUUUGCUGCCAUUCAGCUUUGUGGAAUUUAUGUUUACUUUUCAAUAUUUUCAUAUUUCUUAACCAGAUUUUAAAGAAAUUUGUUGUUAGUUACAUGAAAUCAAAGGUCAGUUAGUAAUCCCAUUAUCCUCAAACUUGAAGUUUCAUUGGAUGUUCAAAAUGCUAAUUUUUGCAGAGAUAUGAGGAUAAAUUAGUUUUAGUUUGUGUUUUUAAGGGUUUGCAAAAUAAUUUGGCUCCCAAACUCUUGUUGGGGUGUAGUGUUUGCUAGGAGCCCAGGUUACCUGCCCUGGACUUAAAUUGUGAUUGAAGUGGAGAGGUACUCUAGGAGUUUAAAAAGACACAAAAUUAUUUUUUUCCAGACUAGUGUGCCAUGGAUUUCUGAUAAGAAUUAACAUUCUUGAACAAAGGUAUCAGAAAGGGUAACUCGAGUUGAAGGUUUGUGAAUAGAAAGGGAAAUGUGAUAGAAGAUUAUUCAGAACAAAAUAAAUAGACAAAAUAACAAAAGACAGGAAAAUAAGUCUCUUUGUAUCCUUAUUAAUCAUUUGAAAUUAUGCUAUAAUUUUUUUUAAACCUCACCUUUUUGGUUCCGGGUGAAGCAGUUCCUAAAGGAGUGUUUUGUCAGAAUAUAUUGUUAGGUGAAUAGAGGGUUCUGUGGCCAAGUAAGUUUGGGAAAUAGUGAGUUAGACAAAGUUGAGUUACUGUUGGCCUUUCAGACCUUUGAUACGCUAAUGUGCAUUUUAAAUCUCCAAGAAGCACCUCUAUUUUAUACAUCAUUUCCCUAAUUUAUUUUAAUAUGGAUUUUUUGUUUUUGUUUUCUUGAGAUGGAGUCUUGGUCUUGUCACCCAGGCUGGAGUGCAGUGGCACGAUCUCGGCUCACUACAACCUCCGCCUCCCAGGUUCAAGCGAUUCUCCUGCCUCAGCCUCCCAAUUUACUGGGAUUACAGGCGCCCACCACCACGCCCAGCUAAUUUUUGUAUUUUUAGUAGAGAUGGGGUUUCACCAUGUUGACCAGGCUGAUUUUGAACUCCUGACCUCAGGUGAUUCUGCCUGCCUCACCCUCCCAGAGUGCUGGAAUUAUGGGUAUGAGCCACUGUCCCCGGCCGGAUUUUUUUAAAAGUAGGUAUCUUUUGGGAUUUAUGUUCUGAGAGAUACACCUAAGGAAAUGCUGCCCUACAGUGUUUUUGCUAGUUUAUACUCAUUACAAAGGUUUCUUAUUGUUGGGUGCCCCUCUAGCCAGUGGUAGUAAAAUGGGAAGAGACAGGUCAAGACUCCCUUGGACCAUGGCAUUGAGAGAGGGAUGGCUGUUGGCAUAGAUAUGUUGGUUAUUUAGGCAUUUGUGAGGGGAGCCCCUGGCUCUUCCAGCCUGUUUCCUUAGAAUCCCAGUUGGCUGGGAACAGCUGUACAAGGGUUUGAACUGGUGGUUUCAGCAGACUACCCAGUUCCUAAGCAUCCAUGAGAUAGAGGGAAUCAACUUGUAUUUCCAGAACAAUUUUCCAAACCUUUUCUGGCUGUACUUUAAAAGUGCCAAAAAGGGAAUGCAUGUUUAUGACAAUAAAGUCACAUACAAGCUAGUAUGAUACAUACAUCAUAGAAAGCUUAUAGUUGCUCAGUGACAAAGCAAAGGAAGUUUAAUAUUUUCCAGUUUUGUUCAUUACCGAAGACAGUCUAAGGUUCAUAGUUUUCACUAAAUUCUAAGCAGAUUCUAUAUCCUGAAACAUUUAAACCUCACUAGGCCUUCAAUUUUGAGAGGGUUAGCUAAAUAUGUUUGAUAUCACUUCAGAGUCUAAAACCAGAUUACUAAUCAUGUGUAAGGAAGCAUUUUGUGUGUCUUUGCAAUGUAUACAAUUGCAUAAUUUGGAACACCAUUUUGAGUGUGUAUUUGAGAGAAAGCUCGCCUGUGGGUUUUGAGUUGUGGUGUAAUGGUGAACAUGUAGCCACGUGAAAGGCCAUUGGAUCUUUGUUCUGAUUCUUCAGUCGUCUUCUUGCAAAUUCAGAGAAAUGUCUUUUAAUCAUUUCGUUUUCAUAUCCCAGAUCCUUGGAAAUCAUGAAAAAUAACUUGCCAGAGUUUGCAUCAGCCCUCAAUAAGUCAUGAACCAUAGAGAAGGCCAUGGGGCCAUUUAUUCUUUGGACCGUUGGCUACUUCUGAAGUGCUGGCUUCCUUCUCUCUAGGAGGAGUCAUGUACUCAAGCUUUUAAGUUAAAUGCAUAAAAAUGAGUUUUACUUCUCUUCUGAUUUGAUUUUUAAUUUUAUGAAAUGGGAAAUAAUGUUUUUCCAUUUUUCUGUUCAUUUUGAAGUGGGAAUUUGAGGUGUUUGUAAUGUCAUGUUACUGUUCUGAAAGAUUGACAGUAAAGAAGACAAGAAAUAUAUGUAUGUAGUAUGCAUAUUAGUUUUGUCCCACCAAGCCUAUCUUUGAAUGGCAAACAUUUUAAAAACAUCUGUUCUAGUUGCACAACUACUCUAGCUUCAUUAUAAAGUAAACAAUCUUAAAGUAAGCAAUGUUGGCCAUAAUUUCAAUAUUCUAGCCUUGCCGAGUGUGAAUAUAUUUUAGUCAGAGACUAUAAAUACACUAAAGUGGUGAUGGUGAUCAAUAUUGUAAAGAAUUUAUUCUGAUAAAUGAGAAACUGGAUAUAAUGUCAAAAUAGCUAUUUUCUCAAUAAAAAUCUCAAAUCUCCUGACUGCUUAUUAA